AUGGAAUCCCUCAACGCCUCUGAGCAGCGUGAGCUCGCCUCUCGCAUGGAGAGACGCCAGAUGAAGGAAUUCAUGACCAUGUACUCCAAGCUCGUCCAGCGCUGCUUCGAUGACUGCGUCAACGACUUCACCACCAAGUCCCUGAUCAACCGCGAAGAGGGCUGUGUCCUGCGUUGUGUCGACAAGUUCAUGAAGGGAUCGGCUCGCCUGAACGAGCGGUUCCAGGAACAGAACCAGGCCAUGAUGAUGCAGGGACAACAGCGGUAA